CUGAGGCGGCGGGAUGGGCGCGCUGGCGGCCGUGCUGGCCUGCGGCUGCAUGUGGGCGCUGGUGCGCGGCCACAGCCUCUUCACCUGCGAGCCCGUCACGGCGCCGCGCUGCACGGCCAUGACGUACAACAUGACGUUCUUCCCCAACCUCCUGGGCCACUACGACCAGGACACGGCCGCCGUCCGCAUGGAGCCUUUUCUUCCUCUUGUGAAUCUCCAUUGUUCACCAAAUGUGCACACAUUUCUGUGCAGAGCAUUUGUGCCUGCCUGUGUGGAGCCAGUUCAUGUGAUUCACCCUUGUCGAAGCCUUUGUGAGAGAGUGUAUGCUGAUUGUAAACAAUUGAUGGACACUUUUGGGAUCAUCUGGCCUGAGGAACUUGAAUGUAACAGACUGGUGGAUUGUGAUGAAACUGCUCCUGUCACUGCUCCUGUAACCACAAAGGUCCAUGGAACACAGAAGACACUAGGACAGACUCGAAGGGACUAUGGAUUUUGGUGUCCACGACAUUUGCAGACCUCUAGUGGACAAGGUUACAAGUUUUUAGGCAUUGAUCGGUGUGCACCGCCAUGCCCCAAUAUGUACUUCAAAAAUUAUGAAUUGGAUGUUGCCAAAAGCUUCACUGGAAUAGUUUCCAUCUUUUGUCUGUGUGCUACUCUGUUUACAUUCCUCACUUUUCUGAUUGAUGUUAAAAGAUUCAGGUAUCCAGAGAGACCAAUCAUAUAUUAUUCAGUCUGUUAUAGCAUAGUGUCUCUAAUGUAUUUCAUUGGAUUUUUGCUUGGAAAUAGAACUGCCUGUAACAAGGCAGAUAAAAAGUUAGAAAUUGGUGAAACAGUUGUUCUUGGUUCUCAAAACAAAGCCUGCACUGUCCUCUUCAUGGUUUUGUAUUUUUUCACUAUGGCAGGAACUGUAUGGUGGGUCAUUCUAACAGUCACAUGGUUCCUAGCAGCAGGAAGAAAAUGGAGCUGUGAAGCUAUUGAACAAAAGGCAAUGUGGUUCCAUGCAGUGGCAUGGGGCAUACCUGGUUUUCUUACUGUUAUGCUUCUUGCAAUGAACAAAGUUGAAGGUGAUAAUAUUAGUGGAGUAUGCUUUGUUGGACUCUAUGACCUGGAUGCAUCUCUCUAUUUUGUUCUUUUGCCUUUGUGCCUUUGUGUUUUUCUUGGUCUCUCUCUCCUUUUAGCGGGCAUUAUUUCUUUAAAUCAUGUGCGACAAGUCAUACAGCAUGAUGGUAGGAACCAGGAGAAACUUAAGAAAUUUAUGAUUCGAAUUGGAGUGUUUAGUGGCUUAUACUUAGUUCCACUGGUGGCACUUCUUGGAUGUUAUGUCUAUGAGCUAGUAUACAGAAGAAUCUGGGAGACUACUUGGGUCUUUGACCACUGUGAUCAGUACCAUAUUCCAUGUCCUUAUCAGGCAAAGGUGCUAGCAAGACCAGAAAUAUUUUUGUUUCUGAUGAAAUACCUGUUGACAUUAAUCGUUGGCAUCUCUCCAGUCUUCUGGGUGGGAAGUAAAAAGACCUGUUCAGAAUGGGCCAAUUUCUUCAACAGAAAUCGAAAGAGAGAUCCAAUCAGUGAGAGUCGAAGAGUGCUUCAAGAAUCGUGUGAAUUUUUCUUGAAACACAAUUCUAAGGUUAAGCAUAAAAAGAAGCACUACAAAUCCAGUUCUCACAAACUGAAGGUCAUUUCUAAGUCUAUGGGGACUAGUACUGGUGCUGCAACAAAUCAUGGAACUUCUGCAGUGGCAAUUGCUAACCAUGAUUACUUAAGCCAAGAGACCUUUACAGAAAUCAAAACGUCUCCAGAAAUGUCUGAGAAAGAGAUGGAGGCAGAUAGAACAUCCACCCAGAAAGUGGAGGAGGGGGAAAAUGUUAAUACUGAAAAUGCAUUACGGAUAUCAUCUAGUUCUAAAUUGGCUGUGGAGCAGAUGGAAAAGAGAAGCAAAGUAGAGAAUACAUGUGCUAAGAUUAGCUUAUCUGAAAGUGUCAAGAGAAUGGGUGAAGAAGGGGUAACACCUAAAAGUGAUUUAACAGAAACUCAUCCCUUACAAGACAGUAGUUCACAGCUACCUGAAGUUUCACAACCAGGCAGUGCCCAAGAUGCCCUAUCACUGCCUGCCAAUUCAGUCUCAGACACUAGAAAAGACAAAGAUUUUGCUGACAGUUCAAAUCCUUGAAAGAAGUUUUUGUAUGAAUGUGCUCAGUUUAUAAAACUGCAGUGAAUUCUAUGUUACACUGGAAAAAAUGAUGCUUUGUGCCUUGUUAAAUGAACUAGAUAUAGCUCUUGUUUUGCACUUAAAACAAAAGUUCUACUGCAUAGUAGGGACAUCUAGCAAUAGUUUACUGUAUUUAAAGCCCAUCAGAGUAAUGGAAGCUGAGGGCAGAAUUCUACUUCACUGCUACGAUGAGUAAGUGCUACCAAUGUAGUGUUUAAGUGUCUAAGUCUCCCAUAAUCUUUGCCUUGUAUAUACAUUUGACUCAAGCAUACAUCCCAAAUGCCUUUUAUACAGCUACAGCUUUGCCCUGCUUGGUUAGAUGUGUCCCUACCACUUGUAUUGAUGCAGCUGGAGGGGGCCAGGAUAGUGGCAUGAUUUACAGUAGUACUACUCCAGGUGUAAAUCACUGUACACUGACUCUAAUGCCAGAUUUAUUGUUUGGGGAAGGCCCCUGGCAUAUGUUGUUAUAUGAUUAAUGUGUUAAUAGCAUGAGUGAAAGUGACAUGGCACACAUUCGUCAAAUUUAUGACACUAACAUGGCAAAUCCAGCCACAAAGAUAUUACUCAAAAUGUGUAACAACUUUGUGGCUGGUUUGCAUGGCAUCAUAAAUGGAACAUGUGGCAUCAUGUUAUUGUCAGGAUCAGGACACAGCUGCACUGUGGGGGUGCUCAGUGAGGCCAGCACUGGGGAACCUCUCCAUAUUAUCAGGCUUACAGUGCCCAGGGAACUCAAAAGAAGUGCUUCCAGCUGCAGGCCUGUUUUGUUUCUAGACACCUAUGAAAGCAGCACCUAAGGAGUGGGGAUCUCCCUCCCUGGCAGCAGGGAGUCACCCUGCUCCCACUUCCAUGCAAGUUAGGGAGCUUUGCCCAGCUGGCAGUUGGAUGGUUUGGGCUUUCAGGAAUUUUAUGCCCCAUUCCCAGAAUUGCACAAACUGCCAUGUGCAUCUAGCAUAGCAGGUCAUUUGAUUUGGCGAAGAGGGCAUAAAAUUCCUCGGACCUUAAUCAUGUGACUACCUUAAUGUCUGCCAGCAGCAUAAAAUGCUGAAACAGUGUUGGGAGUAGGGGCCAGAUCCCAGAGUUUGCACCCUCUAGGGCAGUGCACACCUAUGUAGGCCACAGAGUUAGACUGCCUCUUGCUUGUUGUCCUUCAGGAUCCCUGACACUCCUGGAUGCCGAGUGAUCCAGCUUCAAGAGGAAGGGCUAGAAAGUGCUGUCAGCCAUAUCUACCCCAUCAUUUGGGAGCUAGGGUAUUCUUUUGUCAUAUAGACUGCCAACCACCAUAACUAGCAAUGCUUUGAUGUUUGAUAGUGGUGGUGGCUACCUUUUGCCUUCUAGCCUCAUGGUUAAGGUACCUGGGAUAUAAGUGCUGGUUCAGGCUGAGACUGAGGGGGACCUGGGUAUCUUUGGACAGAUACUCUAACCACGAGGCUGUUUUAUAGAGAGGGGAGGAGGACCUUUAUCUCCACACAUCUGUCUGCUAGGUCCUGUUAAGGCACACAUGCCUUAUGUGGUCAGGGGUAGUCACAUUCUGACUAGAAGUAGGCUGCUUAGUACAGCUUAAAAUUCACCACUGGAAAAAACUGCCGCAUCUCCUGGGUAACUGAGAAUUCAUCCAAGUGAAAUGAAUUUGAAAUGAAUAGGUGAACUGUGUAGUUUUGCAAGAUGCAUUUCAGGAAGGGCACAAACUGCACAUAGCUCCCCAUUCAAAGUAUGUGAGAACCAUGCAUCUACACAGGCAAGGAAUAAUUCCUUCCAAUUUUUGGUAGUCUAAGCUAGGACUUUGCUGACAGCUAGCCAUUAUGUGGCUAAUGGGUGAAAUAAUUUACCCCUGUACAUCUAAAAGCACACAACUGGGCUGGCUAUCAGUAAAUGAAUAGAAAGAUGAGAGAAGUCUUUCUCUUCCAAUUUAUGAGCAGUUUGUCAAAUUGUGUUAAAAUUAUGCAUGGAAAGCAGUGUUAUUUUGAAAAAAAAGAAAGUUUAAUUUGUGUCUAAUGUCUUGAUUUUUAUGCUAACAUUUCUUUUUGUUUUUAAACUUACUGCAUCUUAAACAGCUGUGUCAUUUACAAUAGUUAGGGGUGACUCAAACAUUUUCAGUGUACGAAAGUGUCCUUAUGUACUAAUCUUAGCACUGUUUUUGGUAGUUUGUACACUGAAUCUAGAAUGUACUUUUUUUUUUACUUAAAAAAGAACCUUGUAAAUAAUUGGUAUAACAUUACUUUGACUUAAGGUUAAAAAGCACUGUUUUCUGUAUGAUCUACAAGCUUAGCUCAUUUUAUUGUGAUUUCUUUAAGUACAAAUGUCAACAAUCUUGUGUUGAUUACAUGACAUGAUUUCCUUCUGAGUAACAGUCAUUACAACGUGAUGAAAACACUAGCCUUUGUGUUUAAUGCAAUAUUAGUGUAACAUCUGUGCUCUGUGUAAGAAUGAUGCAUGAGAUGAGGUCAGGCUUCAGAAAGGAGAGUUCCAGAGCUUGCGCUGGGUUCAUGUUCCAUUUAGUCAUCCCCAGGAAGAGCCACAAUAAAACCCAAAGUGCAGGAGAACAAGAUUGGUUCCAAGGUCAUUUUUCUGGCUUCAGUGAAAUCCAACAGUCUGUGCCAUUUGUUUACAAUUAGAUCAGUGAUUCCCAACCAGGAUGCUAUGACACCCUGGGGUGCCUUGAGAGAUCCUUUCAAACAUAGUGUAGGGUGCCACACAAUGUUAACACUGUGAGGUAUGCUAACAAAUUCUUAAAACAAACCUAGAAAUAUCAAAUAGGAAUCCAUUGUGUUAAAACAUUCUGACUUCUUGUGGUCUGCGAAUUCUUGCCACAGAAAACCACCUUAAUAUUUUUCCAUAGUCGGAAAACUAUUGAAAAUUGAACUAGCACUGAGGGAUGCCUAAGUCUAGUGAGGAUUGCCUGAAGUUAAAAAAAAAAAAAAAAAAAAAAAAAAAAGCUUGAAAACCACUGAAUAAGAUAAAUGACUUGUUUGUUCUUAAAAUUUAUAUAAGAAAUAUGAUUUGGUGAAAAAACAGCUCUGGAAAUAUUCAUAUCCAGGUUUGUUGGAUGAGGUUUUCACUUCCAGCAAAAUUAAUGCAUCUUCUGCAUGGUAUUACUUUCUACAUGCUGUACCAGUAUGCUUUCUAUAGAUGUAUUAAUAUUAGGGUCCAAUUCAGAAUAAUUCUUUGUAAUACAGGGAGUCUCACUGUUGUCAAUUGAACAAUUCCCAUGAGUAAGGAUUACUGCCAUGGAUAAGGGUUACAGGUUUGGACCCUGAAUGGAGAGAUUUUGGCUCCACUAACAUUGGUUGGAGUCUUGUUGAGUUCUAUGGAGUCAGAAUUUUACCCUAACACUAAAGUUGAUGCAAUUUAUAGAACCCUUAUGCUUUUUUGCUUGUUCAUUACUGAUAAUAGGAUCUUUUAUAAUGGUUACAUCCAUGGUGUUAUGAUACGGAAAAGCUACUGCAUUAUAUUUUUAAAUAAUGUUUUGGGUGGUAGUUUACAUUAAAAAAACAAAAGAAAAAACAAAAGAAAACACUUAUAGAAAGGUCAUGGAAAUACUGACCAAAUAAAAAAUACAAUCUAAGUCAAAUCUAUUUGUUUUAUCCAUCAUAUAUUGGAAUUUGAAUGUAGUUAUUUUAUUUUGUCUUCUCCAUUUUAAUGUUUGUAAUUUAUUGCCUCGAAUAUAAACAGUUAUAGUUAUUACAUGACUUGGUAGAAUUGGUAUACUGGAUCUUAGCCAAAAGGCCAAUUGUUCCAUCUUUUUACUGUUUCCGUUUCAUUUUGAGCACAUGGUAUUCUUGCUGCUGAGAUGGAGAAUGAGAUGCAAAUGGGGAGGACCACACACCACACACACUUCAUUCUCUUGUCGUGUUUAUAACCUGAACUUUAUAUGUACUUUUAAAUCUGGUUUUGCUAUCUUUGUUCUUAAUAAAAUAUUUUAUUGUAAAA